AUGGGACAUCGCAUGCCAUGGUUUUGCUGUACACUGGGUUUGUCACCAAGACGAGUGGGGGCCGCCGCACACAGCCUCAUCGCACUCCAAAGGAUGGAAGCAACAAGUGAACCAUUCCAAGGGUUGUGCUACACAAUGGCGCAGCUCAAACAUGAGAAGGCGGACUGUGGUCAUGGACACGUUGUGGUGCGGACCACAGGCUCAGUCAGUCGAGUACUUGUCGCCGUGCUCCAUCGUCGAAGCAAACGAUCACAAGUCGUGCGUAUGUCCAUUCGGGCCACCAAAUUGACCGUCUUGGCAUGGCACUCCAGCGACAGUCGCCCUCGUAGUCUGUCGAAAACGUCACUACAUAUCAGUGCCUGA